AUGAAAGAUAGUGAUAAUUUUGUGGCUUCUUCAGAGAUUUCAGCAAAAGCUAACAGUGGAAACAUUAAAGGAGGAGGAGAGAGCUUCUCUUCUGGUUACAGUGUAGCUAUGGAGGGGCAAAGAGGUCAUUCUACUCGUCCAAGUUCAGCUACAGAUGCGGACACGGCGCUGUAUAAUGAGCUAUGGCAUGCUUGUGCUGGUCCUUUAGUGACCGUACCUCGCGAAGGAGAUCGUGUGUUUUAUUUCCCUCAAGGACAUAUAGAGCAGGUGGAGGCAUCGACGAAUCAGGUGGCAGACCAGCAGAUGCCGGUAUAUAAUCUUCAACCAAGGAUCUUAUGUCGUGUAGUUAAUGUUCAAUUGAAGGCUGAACCAGAUACUGAUGAGGUGUUCGCACAAGUGACUCUGCUUCCUGAGCACAACCAAGACGAGAAUGCCUUGGACAAGGAGCCGCCUCCACCUCCAUCACCGCGAUUUCAUGUGCAUUCAUUUUGUAAAACCCUGACUGCUUCUGAUACAAGUACACAUGGUGGAUUUUCAGUUCUUAGACGACAUGCAGAUGAAUGUCUUCCACCAUUGGAUAUGUCAAGGCAGCCCCCAACACAGGAAUUGGUUGCCAAGGAUUUGCAUGGAAAUGAAUGGCGUUUCCGGCACAUUUUUCGGGGUCAACCACGGAGGCACUUGCUUCAGAGUGGAUGGAGCGUGUUUGUUAGCUCCAAAAGGCUUGUUGCGGGUGAUGCGUUUAUAUUUCUAAGAGGUGAGAAUGGUGAACUUCGAGUUGGUGUUAGACGUGCAAUGAGACAGCAGGGUAAUGUUCCAUCAUCCGUCAUAUCCAGCCACAGCAUGCAUCUCGGUGUGCUUGCUACAGCAUGGCAUGCUGUUUCAACAGGGACAAUGUUCACUGUUUAUUACAAGCCAAGGACUAGUCCUGCUGAGUUCAUUGUCCCUUUUGAUCAAUACAUGGAGUCCGUCAAGAAUAAUUAUUCCAUAGGGAUGAGGUUUAAAAUGAGAUUUGAAGGAGAAGAAGCUCCUGAGCAAAGAUUUACUGGCACUGUUGUCGGAAUUGAAGAUGCUGAUCCCAAUAGGUGGAAGGAUUCUAAAUGGAGAUGCCUUAAGGUGAGAUGGGAUGAAACUUCUUCAAUAUCUCGACCAGAGAGAGUUUCACCCUGGAAAAUAGAGCCUGCUCUGGCACCUCCUGCACUAAAUCCUCUUCCAAUGCCCAGGCCAAAAAGGCCCCGAGCAAACAUGGUGCCCUCUUCCCCUGACUCCUCUGUUCUAACUAGAGAUGGUUCAUCCAAAGUAACUGCAGACCCUCCAUCAGCAAGUGGAUUUUCAAGGGUCUUGCAAGGUCAAGAAUUCUCGACCUUGAGAGGCAAUUUUGCAGAGAGCAAUGAGUCUGAUGCUGCUGAAAAGUCUGUUAUGUGGCCGCCCUCAGCAGAUGAUGAGAAGAUUGAUGUGAUGUCUACUUCGAGAAGAUUUGGAUCGGAGAGGUGGAUGUCUUCUUCAAGGCAUGAGCCAGCCUACACAGAUUUGCUGUCUGGCUUUGGGACAAAUGCUGACUUGUCUCAUGGGUAUGGCGCUCAGUUUAUUGACCAAACUUCUUUGGGUGCUAAUCCAAUGAAGAAACACUUGUCAGAUCAAGGACAGUUUAACUUGCUUGCUAGCCCAUGGUCUGCUAUGUCCUCAGGCCUCUCGCUAAAGUUGUCAGAGUCAAAUACAAAGUUUCCAGUACAAGGCAGUGAUGUAACAUGUCAACCACGGACAAAUAUAAGAUGCAGUGCAUUUAGUGAGUACCCCAUGCUUCAUGGUCACAGAGUUGAGCGGUCACAUGGAAACUGGAUGAUGCCUCCGCCUACAUCUCAUUUUGAUAAUCAUGCUCAUCCAAGAGAGCUAAUGCCCAAGCCCGUAUUGAUGCAAGAACAUAAUACUGGAAAAUCCUUCGACGGAAACUGCAAGCUUUUCGGUAUUCCCUUGAAAAUUAGUAAACCUGUUGCACCAGAGCCAGCUGGACCAACAAACGCAAUGAACGAACCAAUGGGUCAUGUUCAACCCGUGAGCCACCAAUUUACAUUUGAAUCUGAUCAAAAGUCAGAACAGUCCAAGGGUUCAAAGAUGGCUGAUGAAAGUGAAAACGAGAAACCAUUUCAAGCUGGUUAUUUGCGUAUUAGGGACAAUCAUGGAAAAGCACAAAAUGGCUCAACCAGGAGUUGUACAAAGGUUCAUAAACAGGGGAUUGCACUUGGUAGGUCUGUUGAUCUUGCCAAGUUCAAUAACUAUGAUGAGUUGAUUGCUGAAUUGGACCGGUUGUUUGAAUUUAAUGGUGAAUUAAUGGCUCCCCAAAAGAAUUGGCUGAUUGUGUAUACUGAUGAUGAGGAUGAUAUGAUGCUUGUUGGAGAUGAUCCCUGGCAGGAAUUUGUUGGCAUGGUUCGAAAGAUAGUUAUUUACACCAGAGAGGAGGUACAGAAGAUGAAACCAGGCACCUUAAAUUCGAAGGGCGAUGAUACUCCUUUGGAUGUGGAUGUUGAGGAUGCUAAAGAAGCCAAACACCUGCUGUUUCCUGCAGCCUCUAGCCCUAUGAAUUGUUAG